AUGCUCUUCUACUCUGUUUUCAAGCGAUUGAUAGGGAAGGAAAUCGUUGUAGAGCUCAAGAACGACCUGGCGCUCAAGGGAACCCUACACUCAGUUGACCAGUACCUCAACUUUAAGCUGCUGGACGUGCAAGUCAUCGACGAGGAGCGCUUUCCUCACAUGGUUCGCUCCUCGUCCUCUAGGGCUCGAAAGGCAUCAGUCAAGAACUGCUUCAUCCGAGGGUCUGUCGUGCGCUACGUUCAGAUCCCCCCUGGUGAACUCGAUCCCGAGGUCUUGCAAGACUCAACAAGAACAGAAGUGGCCAAGGAGCAUGCGAGCCGGUGA